AGCAAUGAUAAAGCACAUCAGAACAGGGAGGUUCCUCCCCUUCACCAGCUCAGCUGCUCUGCACAAGACUAUUACUCAAACCUGACUCUCAGGGACGUUAUACAUGACAGCCAUGGACUUUAGUCUUCUCACUGAGGAUGUGUAAAUUGAAAACUUACACUGGACCUCGAAUAGAAAGACUAUCCCACAACGUACUACUGAGAUCGGUGACUUUGUGAGUCUUGGCUGUGAAGCUCUGCUGUGAUAAGGUCAUCUUCAACCUACAGACAUCAUGGACCUGACACUGUGGCAGUAUCAGUUCCGUAUCAUCAUGCUGGGAGACUCUACGGUGGGCAAGUCAUCCAUGCUGAAGCGCUACACAGAGAACCAGUUCCUUGAGUGUAUUAAUGAAACCGUUGGAGUGGACUUUUAUGUGCAUUUCCUGGAGGUGGAACCUGGUAUGAUGAUCAAACUCCAAUUCUGGGACACAGCUGGACAAGAGAGGUUCAGGUCAGUGACACGCUCCUACUACCGGAACUCAGUUGGAGGCCUUUUGGUGUUCGAUGUGGGGAAUCGUGCCUCGUUUGAGCAUGUGAGAGACUGGUACGCAGAAGUGUGUGAGCACGUCAUGCCUCAUACCAUGAUCUUUGUGCUGGUGGGUCAUAAGAGUGACCGUGAGUCGGAUGGAGAGCGCACUGUCUCCAAAGAUGAGGCUAAGAAGCUGGCUGCUCAACUCGGAACAACAUAUGUGGAAGCCUCGGCCAAAACGGGCCAGAAUAUCCAAAUGUGCUUUGAGAUACUGGCACAGGAAAUCUAUCAGGGCCUGCAGAACGGAGAGGUGGGGCUCAGAGAGGGCUGGGAUGGAAUAAAGAGUUCGGCUCUACAAGCACAACAAUUAGAGAGUCUCCAUGAAAGUGAGCAAACAAGUGAGAAAAAACGCUGCUGUUAGCUGUUCAUCGACUCUCCAUUAAUUAAAUGGAUCGUUGAAUCAUUGAUGUCCAAUGUCCAAAGAUUCCUGUGAGACAUCAAUAUGGUGACCUGAUACUGAGAUUUAAUAAGUAGACCAUCAAGCAUUAUUCCCUAAACACCUGAUUUCACCAGCUGGAUUUCCUUUCUGAAGGAAUAAGAUCUUACAGAACCCAUGAAAUCCGUUGUUUUGACUUUUUUCUAUCAUCAGGAACAGAUAUGUCCUUAAAAUGACAAUAGUAAAAAUGACUUUUUUACAGUUG